AUGAGUGACGAACCAACCGAAACCUGCCUCUUCUUCGUCGAUGACUCCAACCUUUGGAUCGAGGCGCAAAAAUUGGCCGCCUCGGGCAAUAGUCGCAUCCCCAAACUCGCAGAUAGCGACCGCGACCCGCGCCUCAGAAUAAACCUUGGCAAACUAGUCGACACGAUCUGCAAACGCCGUAGCCUCGGCCCUUCGAUUCUCUACGGAUCGCGCCCACCGCCGAAUGACUUGGUGUGGAAAGCGGCUGAGAAACACAAGUUCGACGUCAAGGUCCACGACCGCGCCCACGGGAAAGAGAAGGAGGUGGACAACUCCAUCGCAACGGAUCUGAGCUACAAAGCCACCGAACUCACAAUCAGAGCCCAGUACGACCCGCAGUUCAAGCAGGAAAAAGCCGACACGACGUUUGUCGUCAUCACCGGAGACCGUGAUAUAUGCCCGCCGGUCUCGAAAGUACUGGAGAGUGGCAUUCGAGUGGAGCUCUGGGCCUUGAAGUCGGCGCUCUCCAAGGAGUUGAUCAAAAUGAAUUCCACCAGCGACCUGAUGUCGAUAUACUACGUUGAUGAGAUAUUCGACCAGAUCUCCUUCACUAGUUGCAGCUCCACGCGACAGGCUAAAUGGCCCAAGCCUAGCCAAACACUUGUGCUCUGCGAGUUUGCUGACCCGGACCAGAAUAACCUGUAUUCAUCCGUCAAAGGGCAGCUUAUGCAGUUGGGUCGCUUGUUCUACGCCAGUCAACCCCAAACGGGAACGGAGCUUUUCGUGGAGUUUCCGAGAGUGCCAAACAUGGAGGCAAUAAUAUUGCAGACAAGAGGGCUGUUCAAGGAAAGUUUGACGGUGUUGGCAUGGCCUGAAUACGCAGCUCGUUUCCAAAACAUCAGCACGGCUAUUUUCGAAACUGGGAACAUAUAUGAGCCCUUGGUAGAUGGCCCUGGCGAAUAUGCUACCUCUGCCACAGCUGAAAAAGUGAACGAGCCUGCCGGACGCAAAGCGGAGCUUCCCAGCACCGCGGAUCCCGAGCCUAGACCUUGGGAGACUGCGAAACUACAAGGUGGACACAAGGAAAAUGAAGACAUCCAAAUCUCCCACGACCCUGACGACAGCGGUGGCUGGGAAGCAGUGUCUCGAUCCAACCAGGAGAGACGCAAUCGCCGCGACAUACUCAAAACGCAGCGAUGUUCCUACGGCAUCCGCUGCCAGAAGAGAGGCGACUGUGGCUCCAGACAUACCAACGAGGAAAAGGACAUGUUUCAGAAGUGGCCAAACUUGAACUUCAAGUAUUGGAAAACGAGAAUGUGCACACGAGACAUCAGUCACCGUGGGAAAGAUUGUCCGUAUGCCCACUCACCGGAUGAAGCGUGGUGCGGGGCAUGCUUUCGUGAGGGCCAUGUUAAGGACGAUUGCCAGCUUGGAAUUCACAAUUAA